GAGCUAAUCUUAGCGCACGGUUAAAAUUAUUCCCGUCGCGUACGAUGACUAUUAACAUAGUCCGUAGAUUAAUUGCCGUUUUUAUACUCUCCGAUCGUCACAGGGACACAAACAAUUCUGUUUAGAGUUUUAAGUUCGACAUCACAAGAGCACGUCCUCGUCUACGGUAAAUCGUGAAAGCCAGAUAAUUUUCAAAUUUAUUGGUAUCUAAUAAUAGCUAAAGAAUGUUCUAGUAAUUAGAUAGGUAUAGUACACAUUAUAUUAUAGGUUGCUUUUUUUACAUCGUGAAACGUGGAAAUAACCAUUGAAAUGGAAAUAAUUAUUUAUACUAUUAUAUUAAUUUCCAUCGUGGAGUAAAACAAUGGAUUGUAUAGGGGAAAGGGAAUGGGAAUAUUAACUGUUUAUUUUUGUCAUGUUGCGCACUCUUGUGAAACAGACACGGAGACAGGACCGCACUCCGCUAGUCUACGGUAAUCAUUACUCGAUUACAACAGUCCGUAUAAGAGAUUAGUUAUUUUUUAUGUAUUUGUUGUUGUUGUUUACGACGAAUACCAUUUUUAAUUGUACGUAAACGUUGUAAACACGUACAGUUUAAUUUCAACUAGCCAACUUUUCAUAACGUAACAUCAUUAAAAUGAACGGUUUCUUGGGGAAAACGUCAAAAUCACUUUACUCGAUAAAUCCGUCGAUAAUGAGGUAAGUGGUGUUUUUUUUUUUUAAUAAUUUUUUUCUUGUAAAAAUAGCUGAUAUUGUUACUACUAACUAUUUGGGAACGAUUUGUGCAAUCCAAAUUUUAUCAGGAUGUGAUGUUUCAUAUUUGAUUAAAAACUAUACCUAUUGGGUUUUAUUUUUUUUGUAUAGUUUCCUCAGAUUCAACAGCGGAUUGGGCAAUUUGGGUAGUGGCUCAGGUAAAGGUGGCGGCGGUGGAGGUUCAAUUCGAGAAGCCGGCGGUGCUAUGGGAGAACGUGAAGCAGCUAACGAAGAAGAAUAUUUUUACAAACAGGUAAAUAUUUAAAAAGAUUUUUGUAAAUAAUGCAAAAUAAAUUCAUAAAUUAAUUAAAAUAUAAUUGUAAUUUUGAAAACAGCAACGAAAUCAAGUAGAAAAAAUGAAAAAAGAUAUUGAAUUAAGAAAACAAGAGAUCGAGAAACAUAUUGAAGAAAUCCACAAGACCAAGGCUGAAUUGGAUAAACUAUCUUAAUGUAUUUUUUUAUUAUUUUUACAGUAAAGAACAAAGCAUGUUCUCUAUUUUUAUAUAUAUAUCAAAAAAAAAAAAAAAAAAAAUUAGUAAUAUUAACUUAUGUAUACCUAAUAUAUUAUUGCGUGAUGUUACAUUAUUUUUACACGAAUUUUAAUAUUUUGUUUACAAUACUAAUUUAUCUGUUAUAGAUAAGAUUGAUUAAAUAAAAUACACAAUGAUAAAUUGACUAUUGGUUCUUAUUAUAUUUGUAUUUAAAAUU